UCGGCAGAAUGUGGUUUCAUCAGUCGGUUCGUGUCCCUCCUGCUGGUCUCUGUGGUCUCUGUGGUCCCGCCUCCUCCUCUUAAAGGACUGGACGCGUCUUUACGCAGCGCAGUCAGCUGGAGCUUCUGGAUCAGGACUGAGCUGGAGGUUAUGGACCAGGAUGGAGCAGGACGGAUCCACACGGAGCCUCCUGUGAGCCUGAGGAUGACCUCGGACCGCUGCGGAGCUCCAGAGGACUCCAGGAGCAGCUUCGGAGCGGCGCUGAGCUCCAACGUCUCCAAGAUGCUUCCCGAAAGCAACGUGACGAAGAGCUGCGGGUCGGUGUCGGUGGGCUUCCCCAUCUCCAUGAUGGUCACCGGGAUGGUGGGGAACUCUCUGGCUCUGCUGCUGGUCUACAUCUCCUACAGGAAGAAGGAGAACAGGAGGAAGAAGUCCUUCCUGCUCUGCAUCGGCUCCCUGGCGCUCACGGACCUGUUCGGCCAGCUCCUCACCAGCCCCAUCGUGAUCUCGGUGUACCGGGCGGGACAGAGCUGGGACCGGAUCGACCCUUCCGGGAAGCUGUGCGCGUUCUUCGGCGUGUGCAUGACAACUUUCGGGCUGUGCGCGCUCUUCCUGGCCAGCGCCAUGGCCAUAGAGCGCGCCACGGCCAUCACCAGCCCGCACUGGUACUCCAACCACAUGAAGACCAGCGUCACCAAGCAGACCCUGGUCCUCAUCUGGGUCCUGGUCCUGCUGUUCGCGCUGCUGCCCGUCGUCGGGGUCGGGAAGUACACGGUGCAGUGGCCCGGGACCUGGUGCUUCAUCAGCACCGGGGACACCCACACCCCCGGGAACUUGUUCUUCUCCGUCACUUUCGCGGUUCUCGGGAUCUUCUCUCUGCUCGUGACGUUCUCCUGUAACGUGGUGACCAUCAGAGGUCUCCUCCUCCGCUGCAGGACCAAGUCCGGAGCUUCAGGAGGGUCCUCCACGUCCCGCCAGUGGGAGCGGCUCACCACGGAGCCCGUGAUCCAGCUGCUGGGCAUCAUGAGCGUCCUGCUGGUCUGCUGGUCCCCGCUGCUGGUUCUGAUGCUGAGGAUGAUCUCCACCCAGGUGUCCUCCCAUCAGUGUAACUCCACAUCAGUCGCCUCCACCAGCGCCUCCAGCCGGGACUUCCAGCUGGACUGUAACUUCUUCCUGACGGCGAUCCGCCUGGCGUCCCUGAACCAGAUCCUGGACCCAUGGGUCUACCUGCUGCUCCGCGAGAUCCUGCUGAGGAAGUUCUGCAUCGUGGCCAACGCCGUCUCCAACUGUUCCCUGGAGGACCAGAAGGAGACACCGACGGCUGUGGACACCGUGAACAAACAGAACCAGGAGAACAAGAACCUUUGCAAGCCUCAGGGUAACUGAGAAGCUGCUGUCCUGGAGUGUGAGGACAGAAGAAACGACGGUUGGACUGGACUUCUGUCCACAUGAGGAUAUCCAGCAGCAGAUAGAGGAGUGUCUGGAGCAGCGUGGAUGAAAUCUCUGCGCGUUUUGUUGAAUUCCAGUCAGAACCAGCAUGUGGACAGGAAUUCUCUCAUCGCCAUCUUUAACUAAACUCCAGACCUGACUGGAGGAGAAACAUCUCACGAUUGUCGCCUGAAGCCAUAAGCUAAACUCAACCUUUCUGUGAAUGUAAUUUAAGACACAAGCUGUAAAGUUAAGCUUCACUUAUGAUGUAAAUAUCUCAGACGUUGUUCAAAAAAGGACGAGGAAACAUUCCACGCUGGAUCUGGUUGUUGUCUGAUUAUUUAUUGGCUGAUGCUCCUGUCAGGCGUCACUUCCUGUAAACGAUCGCACAUUGUGAUUGGUUUUCAGGACCACUGAAUGUGAAGUCACCAGUUUUCCUCCUGAAUAUGAAUUCUGCUAAACUGCUGUGAGGUUUUUUCUUCUUGAAAUGUUUUUGUGAUGUUGUGAGGAGAAGGACUGGAGAUGUGAGACGAUGGAUCAGAGUUGAACUAUUCCACUGGACUGAAGGGAUUUAAGAUGUAGGUUCACUCCGUUAAGACGAGUACGACGACAUUCAGCCAAACGUUUUCUGGGACAGAAGAAAGGAUAAUUGGAGUGAAUAUAGACUGACUAUGAGAGCAGAGAGAUGAGAUCUUUGGUUCAGAAGUCCACAUCAUGAACGUCACACACAGAGCAGAUGGAAAGUCUUCAACCUUCUCCUGGAGGGUUUCCACUUUUACUGCUUCUCAACACUGAAUCCUGGUUGAAAUAAUUUGGCUUUGAUGAGAAUUUAACAAAAAAAGGAUUCUUUCAUGUCCAUUAAAUACAAACAUCUUCCAGUUGGUGUUCAGGAGAAGAACCUUCAGCUCCAUCAUUGGUCCUGUUGGUCUCCAUCAGUCUGAACAUCUGACAUUUCUCCUUCUUCUUCAUAAAAUGUUAAACUCUGUCAGGUUCUUCAGGGAUCCUGAUCAACAGAACUUUUCUAGUUCUCACCUGGAUGGAGGUCUGGACUCUGACUCCUCCAGAACUUCCUCCUUGUUGUCUUCAAACAUCUUUGAGGAUCUCUGUCUGUUUGCUUCGACUCAUCGUCUGGAUGGAAAACUGAUCUUCUCCACGUCUCGUCAUCAAGUUGACCUCCAGGAUUUCAUUUACCCUCUACCUUUACCAGCCUUCCAGGACCUGCUGCUGAGGAACAGGAACUUCUUCCAGGUGUCUUCAGAGUCUCCACAUGUCUUCUGGUGAACUCUAGUCCACAUUUAAUUGGAGCUUUUUCCAUCAGAGUCUUUCUCUUUGUCUCCAUGAAGCUUUGACUGAUCAAGAACAGACAACAGUUGUUGGAUGAACAGUCUGAAGCUGGAACUCCUUCAGAGGAGUCAUACAGUCUUGGUGGCCUCCCUCUCUAGUCUCUCUUUGUUUCUUCGUCUCAGUUUUUAGGGACUUAGAACAUUUUUAAUUUUAUGACAUCACUUUGUAGAAAUCUGUUUCCACUUUGACAUGAAAGAGUCUUUUUUUGUGAGUUGCUGUGAAAACAUCCAAUCUAACUGAUCAUGAUUCAAGGUUGAAAAGCUCUAAAAGGAGAAAAAGUCCAGGAGGCUUAAGACUUUUCUAUCUGCUGUGAUUUUAAUAAAACAUCAGGCCUUAAUGAUGAACGGUGGAUAAAUGACAUUGAGGAGUUGUAGCUGCAGGCUGAGUGGCUUUUUAAUGAAGUAUUGAUUUAAUUUCAUCAGAUGAAGGUUUUCUUUGAUAGUUUUCCAGAUUUUCCUUUCAUCCUUGUGGCCUCAGAGAGUCGAUAACGAGGCGUUCAGAGCCAGCUAGACGAUCACGACGUCCACUGAGGCGUAAAUCUGCUCUUUUCUCUCUGCUUUGUCUCUAAAACAUCGUCUCACUGCUGCAAACGUUUACACCAAGAUCACUCAAAGGCGUUCAAGGAUUUGUGCAUUCGUUGCCAUGGUAACCUCCGGUUCACGGGACAAUCUCUCAUCACUGGCAUGAACCAGCAGCUCUGCCUCCUCAUCACAUCAGUAACCAGAUCAGACUAACGGCCUGUUCAGACGGUGAGAACCACUCACUGAUAACGACCUCAUCAGAAAUCUGCAGCGUCCACGAGAAAGAAAGAAAAGUUUAUCUGUUCAUCUGCAACCAGAGCUGCUGUGGAGGUUAUCUGGAGCUUAUCUGAAGGUUAUCUGGAGCUUAUCUGAAGUUUAUCUGGAGCUUAUCUGAAGUUUAUCUGGAGGUUAUCUGAAGGUUAUCUGGAGCUUAUCUGAAGGUUAUCUGGAGCUUAUCUGGAGCUUAUCUGAAGUUUAUCUGGAGCUUAUCUGAAGUUUAUCUGGAGGUUAUCUGAAGGUUAUCUGGAGCUUAUCUGAAGUUUAUCUGGAGCUUAUCUGAAGUUUAUCUGGAGCUUAUCUGAAGGUUAUCUGGAGCUUAUCUGAAGUUUAUCUGGAGGUUAUCUGGAGCUUAUCUGGAGCUUAUCUGAAGUUUAUCUGGAGGUUAUCUGAAGUUUAUCUGGAGGUUAUCUGAAGGUUAUCUGGAGCUUAUCUGAAGUUUAUCUGGAGCUUAUCUGAAGUUUAUCUGGAGCUUAUCUGAAGGUUAUCUGGAGCUUAUCUGAAGUUUAUCUGGAGGUUAUCUGAAGGUUAUCUGGAGGUUAUCUGGAGUUUAUCUGGAGCUUAUCUGAAGUUUAUCUGGAGGUUAUCUGAAGUUUAUCUGGAGGUUAUCUGAAGGUUAUCUGGAGCUUAUCUGAAAUUUAUCUGGAGGUUAUCUGAAGUUUAUCUGGAGCUUAUCUGAAGUUUAUCUGGAGCUUAUCUGAAGUUUAUCUGGAGCUUAUCUGAAGUUUAUCUGGAGCUUAUCUGAAGUUUAUCUGGAGCUUAUCUGAAGUUUAUCUGGAGGUUAUCUGAAGGUUAUCUGGAGGUUAUCUGGAGUUUAUCUGGAGCUUAUCUGAAGUUUAUCUGGAGGUUAUCUGAAGUUUAUCUGGAGGUUAUCUGAAGGUUAUCUGGAGCUUAUCUGAAAUUUAUCUGGAGGUUAUCUGAAGUUUAUCUGGAGCUUAUCUGAAGUUUAUCUGGAGCUUAUCUGAAGUUUAUCUGGAGCUUAUCUGAAGUUUAUCUGGAGGUUAUCUGAAGGUUAUCUGGAGCUUAUCUGGAGCUUAUCUGAAGUUUAUCUGGAGGUUAUCUGAAGUUUAUCUGGAGGUUAUCUGAAGGUUAUCUGGAGCUUAUCUGAAGUUUAUCUGGAGCUUAUCUGAAGUUUAUCUGGAGCUUAUCUGAAGGUUAUCUGGAGCUUAUCUGAAGUUUAUCUGGAGGUUAUCUGAAGGUUAUCUGGAGGUUAUCUGGAGUUUAUCUGGAGCUUAUCUGAAGUUUAUCUGGAGGUUAUCUGAAGUUUAUCUGGAGGUUAUCUGAAGUUUAUCUGGAGCUUAUCUGAAAUUUAUCUGGAGGUUAUCUGAAGUUUAUCUGGAGCUUAUCUGAAGUUUAUCUGGAGGUUAUCUGAAGUUUAUCUGAAGGUUAUCUGAAGUUUAUCUGGAGGUUAUCUGAAGUUUAUCUGGAGGUUAUCUGAAAGUUAUCUGGAGCUUAUCUGAAGUUUAUCUGGAGCUUAUCUGAAGUUUAUCUGGAGCUUAUCUGAAGGUUAUCUGGAGCUUAUCUGAAGUUUAUCUGGAGGUUAUCUGAAGGUUAUCUGGAGGUUAUCUGGAGUUUAUCUGGAGCUUAUCUGAAGUUUAUCUGGAGUUUAUCUGAAGUUUAUCUGAAGGUUAUCUGAAGUUUAUCUGGAGCUUAUCUGAAGUUUAUCUGGAGGUUAUCUGAAGUUUGUCUGAAGUUUAUCUGGAGCUUAUCUAAAGUUUAUCUGGAGGUUAUCUGAAGUUUAUCUGGAGGUUAUCUGAAGUUUAUCUGGAGCUUAUCUGAAGUUUAUCUGGAGCUUAUCUAAAGUUUAUCUGGAGGUUAUCUGAAGUUUAUCUGGAGCUUAUCUGAAGUUUAUCUGGAGGUUAUCUGGAGGUUAUCUGGAGGUUAUCUGAAGUUUAUCUGGAGGUUAUCUGGAGGUUAUCUGAAGUUUAUCUGGAGGUUAUCUGAAGUUUAUCUGGAGGUUAUCUGAAGUUUAUCUGGAGGUUAUCUGAAGUUUAUCUGGAGCUUAUCUGAAGUUUAUCUGGAGCUUAUCUGAAGUUUAUCUGGAGGUUAUCUGAAGUUUAUCUGGAGCUUAUCUGAAGUUUAUCUGGAGCUUAUCUGAAGUUUAUCUGGAGGUUAUCUGAAGUUUAUCUAAAGUUUAUCUGGAGCUUAUCUGAAGUUUAUCUGGAGCUUAUCUGAAGUUUAUCUGGAGGUUAUCUGAAGUUUAUCUGGAGGUUAUCUGAAGUUUAUCUGGAGCUUAUCUGAAGUUUAUCUGGAGCUUAUCUAAAGUUUAUCUGGAGGUUAUCUGAAGUUUAUCUGGAGCUUAUCUGAAGUUUAUCUGGAGGUUAUCUGGAGGUUAUCUGGAGGUUAUCUGAAGUUUAUCUGGAGGUUAUCUGGAGGUUAUCUGAAGUUUAUCUGGAGGUUAUCUGAAGUUUAUCUGGAGGUUAUCUGAAGUUUAUCUGGAGGUUAUCUGAAGUUUAUCUGGAGCUUAUCUGAAGUUUAUCUGGAGCUUAUCUGAAGUUUAUCUGGAGGUUAUCUGAAGUUUAUCUGGAGCUUAUCUGAAGUUUAUCUGGAGCUUAUCUGAAGUUUAUCUGGAGGUUAUCUGGAGGUUAUCUGGAGGUUAUCUGAAGUUUAUCUGGAGGUUAUCUGGAGGUUAUCUGAAGUUUAUCUGGAGGUUAUCUGAAGUUUAUCUGGAGGUUAUCUGAAGUUUAUCUGGAGGUUAUCUGAAGUUUAUCUGGAGCUUAUCUGAAGUUUAUCUGGAGCUUAUCUGAAGUUUAUCUGGAGGUUAUCUGAAGUUUAUCUGGAGGUUAUCUGAAGGUUAUCUGGAGCUUAUCUGAAGUUUAUCUGGAGCUUAUCUGAAGUUUAUCUGGAGCUUAUCUGAAGGUUAUCUGGAGCUUAUCUGAAGUUUAUCUGGAGGUUAUCUGAAGGUUAUCUGGAGGUUAUCUGGAGUUUAUCUGGAGCUUAUCUGAAGUUUAUCUGGAGGUUAUCUGAAGUUUAUCUGGAGGUUAUCUGAAGUUUAUCUGGAGCUUAUCUGAAAUUUAUCUGGAGGUUAUCUGAAGUUUAUCUGGAGCUUAUCUGAAGUUUAUCUGGAGGUUAUCUGAAGUUUAUCUGAAGGUUAUCUGAAGUUUAUCUGGAGGUUAUCUGAAGUUUAUCUGGAGGUUAUCUGAAAGUUAUCUGGAGCUUAUCUGAAGUUUAUCUGGAGCUUAUCUGAAGUUUAUCUGGAGCUUAUCUGAAGGUUAUCUGGAGCUUAUCUGAAGUUUAUCUGGAGGUUAUCUGAAGGUUAUCUGGAGGUUAUCUGGAGUUUAUCUGGAGCUUAUCUGAAGUUUAUCUGGAGUUUAUCUGAAGUUUAUCUGAAGGUUAUCUGAAGUUUAUCUGGAGCUUAUCUGAAGUUUAUCUGGAGGUUAUCUGAAGUUUGUCUGAAGUUUAUCUGGAGCUUAUCUAAAGUUUAUCUGGAGGUUAUCUGAAGUUUAUCUGGAGGUUAUCUGAAGUUUAUCUGGAGCUUAUCUGAAGUUUAUCUGGAGCUUAUCUAAAGUUUAUCUGGAGGUUAUCUGAAGUUUAUCUGGAGCUUAUCUGAAGUUUAUCUGGAGGUUAUCUGGAGGUUAUCUGGAGGUUAUCUGAAGUUUAUCUGGAGGUUAUCUGGAGGUUAUCUGAAGUUUAUCUGGAGGUUAUCUGAAGUUUAUCUGGAGGUUAUCUGAAGUUUAUCUGGAGGUUAUCUGAAGUUUAUCUGGAGCUUAUCUGAAGUUUAUCUGGAGCUUAUCUGAAGUUUAUCUGGAGGUUAUCUGAAGUUUAUCUGGAGCUUAUCUGAAGUUUAUCUGGAGCUUAUCUGAAGUUUAUCUGGAGGUUAUCUGAAGUUUAUCUAAAGUUUAUCUGGAGCUUAUCUGAAGUUUAUCUGGAGGUUAUCUGAAGUUUAUCUGAAGUUUAUCUGAAGUUUAUCUGGAGGUUAUCUGGAGAUUAUCUGGAGGUUAUCUGCUCAGGAUUCACCUCGUUUGUUGAAGGAAAACUAAAAGCAUGAAGGACUUAUUCAGGAUUAUUUUAGAGCUCGUUCUUAGAAAUGGUGCAGAAAAAGGAACCGGUUGGGGUUAGAGGAGGAACAUUAUUAAUUUAGUCUUCAGCGUUCACCACCGAGGUUUGAUUCAUGACAAAAAAAAACUGGCUUUAAUUAAAGCAAACUAAAGACAUCAGUGAGAAAAUAACAACCCGAAGAGGAGAAUUAUUGGACCAACUUCAAGAACAUGCAGCUGAAUGGAGAUUUAAAUAUUAAAAUUAACGUCUCUGCUUUAAGUCAGACGUGUUUAAUUACCUCAAAAUGAGCUGCAGCUUAUUCUAGGUAAAAAUUAACCUGAAGUUUCCCGUUUCUCCAACUUAAAUACUGGUUUUACCCAAACAGAAAUGUAAAUGAGAACUUUCUGUUCUCUGCUUUUCUUUCCUCAGAAGCCUGAAAACUAAAAUGAACUGAAAUGAAUUGUUUAAUCUGGAACCAUGUGACUGAAAUAAGUUCCUCCAGAUGAAGUUAUGAAGUCAGAUUAAUGCCGCUGAUCAUUUAAUUUAUUUAAAAUUAACAGUUAAUCUGCAUUGCUGCAUUUUAGGAAAUAAAACUUUCCAUUUUUUUUCUAAAUAAAUGUUUGCUCUGUAUGAAAGUAAAACAUGAUUCUACAUAAACCUGCAGUCAUUUCCUGAAUUAUAAACAUCUGGGUUCUGGAAAGCGUCUGGAGACAAUCGGACUGUAGGUGGCGCUAUAGAAAUAAAACUGAAAAGAGCACUGUUGGACCGACUUUAAUGAAUUCUUUCAUUUUAUGACACUAAUUUCAGUUUAUCCAAAUCUAGUGAAGAAAUGAGUGAUUUUACUCAGAUCCACUAAAAUUAUUUUAUUCUUUUCUGUUUAAAUAUAAAAAGAAUAUUUGGACCAACUUCAUUUAAUGACUUCAUUUGAUAACACAAUAAAUGUUAGAUUUACAUAAAUUAUUUGAUGAACAGUUUACAUUGCUGUGAAUUAAUUUUAGGACAGUAAAAGCUAAAGCUUUCUUUUAAUGCAUGUAAAACAUGAUUUUUACAUAAACCGACCGUUAUUAUACUUUAUAAACUUUAAAACAAAAAACAGCAUUAUUGGACCAACUUCUUCAUCUGAAUGAAGGUUUGAAAUAUUUAAAUUAAAGUUAGACCUACUUAAAUGAUUUAAUUCCUCUGAAAUGAGCUGCAGCUAAAUUUUGGGAAAGUCAGCUUGAAGUUUCCAAAUCAAACUAAAGUUAAAUCAUGAUUUUAACAUUAAACUUCUUUUCUUUGUCAACUGUUGGAUCAACUUAAAUUAAUUGUUUUAUUUGGAGACACUAAUUAAAUUCUACUCUUAAAAUGAACGUGUUGUGAAAGAAGUUGAAAAAAUCGUGGAAAGGAUUUCUACAUAAAUGGAUUUCUCUGAACAUUCUGCAUCUCAGUUAUAAAAUAUAAAUUAAUUUACUCAAAUAUACAUUAAUUUUACCUGACAAAUGUAAAUUAAGUUGGACCAACUGUAACAAAAAAAGGUUAGAUCAACCUUUAGGAAAUGAGUUAAAUGAACCCAAACAGAUGGAAUGAACUUAACUCAAUAAACCAACUCCAAACUAAGUAAAUGAGUUUAUUGAAAUGAACUGAGUUAAUUCAAGUUAAGUUUGACAAACUGUAUUGAAAAAGCUUGGAUCAAUGCUUUGGAAAUGAGUUAAAUGAACCCGAACAAAUGAAGUUAACUCAACUUAAAUAAAUUACAUUUGAUCCAACCUCAGUAAAAAAAAAAAAAAAAACACAGUGAAUUAACUCAGUUCAAGUUAUUUGAGUUAGAUGAAAAUAAUUCAUCCAUGCUUUAUGAAACACUUUAAUCAUGUGGAAAUUCUCUCUUUUUUAAAGAGUUAUUUAAGUUUAUCCAAAUCUAGUCAACAAAUGAGUGGCUUAACUUAAAUCGAGUUAUGUUUGAUUUUUUUCUGCUUAAACUUUAAAAAGAAAAUAUGUGGAUGAACUUCCUUUAAUUACUUCACUUAGUGGCACAAAAUAAAUGUUAGAUUUACUUAAAUUAUUUGAUUCCUCACAGUUUCCACAAAUUACAUUUAAAGGAAGCUCAGCGUAAAAUAAUCAUUUUUUCCAACUUUUAAUUAUUUGCUAAUUUUCCCAAACCUUAAACAACUUUUAAACAUUUUUUAUUUCUAUUUAAUCUGUAAUUCUACUUAAAACGGUGACAGUUUGAAGAAACAUGGACGUUAAUAAGACGCUAAACCUCAUUUUCAGACAUUUGAUCUGCAGUUUAAAGAAAGAAAACGUGAUUUAAAGUGGACAGAAUAAACAAAAAAAUAAGAUAAAUGAGACUACAGCCUAAAUACACGUUUGUUUGUUUUUUUACAGUGUAAAUGUGUUUUAUGAGCGUUUCAGGCUCCCUCAGCAGAGAGGAUAAUUCAUCCAAACAUGAUUGUUUUCGACCUCCUUAAUGGAGCCGGGAAGAGAAGACACAAUGCUCACAUUUAUGAAACAUGAAGCAGCAGCAGAAAUCUGAAGGAAAAACAUCUGCAGCUCAGUUUAAUGUUAAGAAUCAGACGUUCCUCUGAUGUUCUGGAUUCUCUCCAGUUUGGUCUAAAUGUGGUUCCAGAACUUUGCAGCUUCCAGAGGAGACAAACCACAAAAUGAACAAACGGCAGCUUCACUAAUGGAAGAGAUUCACUGAUGCCUUCAUGACCGGACGUCUCCAGAUCCACAGUCUGAGGAGAUCUGAUCCAAAUGAAACGCCUCUGUGACAUUUUCCACUUCGGCUUAACCGAGGAUGAUGGAAACGAUGUGAGCACAGAUCUGUUCAGGAAGUGGUCCUCUGAAAACUUUGUUGUUUCUUCUCUGUAAUCUUCUGGAACACACACUCUGUCCUCUACACUCUAAAAAGUCAAUCAGAAAACCAGCAGAUAAUUCAAUGCAUGCUUGAAAGAUAAAAAAUAAACUCAAAUUUCUGAAGUUUAAAGAAGUUUAAAAACUUUGCUUUAUUCUACCGAUUAUUACAUAAGUUGGUAAUUUAAAAAUAAAAACUAACUGCAGAGGAAAGCUGAUUCCUCUCACUCAGUAUAGUUAAUUGGUCAAACAUCGUUUCUUUAGAGGUUGAACUAAAACACAUUGAUGGAAGCUGCUUCAUUUCUCAGAAAAUUUACAUUUUGAAGUUGCAAACAUCACUUUCAUGAGGUGUGACUGAAUAAUUAAUAAUUUAUGUGUAAAUUAAACUCAGAUUUCUGCUUUAGUGGAAAUGAAACUGAAUUCAAGUUGAGACAACUGAAUGAAAUUAGCUUUUUUUAAAUUUAUUUUCCUUCAAGACAAACAAUUUCUAUGAGUUGUGUUGACGUUAAAAUGCAUUUACCUGAACUUUGUCUGGAAUUUAAACUCACAUUUCUGUAUUCAUUGAGUUAAAACAACAUUAAAUUAGCUUGAUAGCUCCAUUCUUCUCCACACUGAGGUUCUUAAAUACUUAAACUUGUGUUAAUGCUGCCAGAUGUUGAAUAAUUUAAAAUAGUGCUGAUAACUGCUGCUCAGUGUAGUUAGCUGGUUCAACAGGAUUUCUUCAGAGGUUGUCUGGACUAAAAAACUGAUGGAAACUCUUUGUUUUUCUCGAUCAUUCCUGCAUCUUCUUCUGAUUCUCCCUGGAAGCUUCCAGACGGUCGCAUCGUGUUUUUGCAGCGUUGCCACAGCGAUCAGGCGUCCGUUCCAGAAACGUCUGGAUAAGAUCUUUCCAGCUGCUUGGUUUUGUGGCAUGAAGACGCUUCAGACUGUCCAUCGAUAAGCUAAAUGAUUAUCCUUUUAUCAGCAUCUUCAACUGAAACUAGCUUGAAAAUCUUUAUUCCAACUGAAUAAUCCAACAGUAGAACCAACAGAAGAAGGUUCCUGGAGGUGGUUUAAGAUUCAGGAUUCCUUUAAAGUCGUUGUCCUUUUAGUAUCUGCUCACAUAGCCCAACGAAAUAAUGUUCUAAUAGCUAAAAUAUGAGAAAAACCUUCAGAUCAAUAAAAACAGAGAAGACUGAAAGGAUGUAAUGAACGUCUAAAAGCAGCAGCAGGUUAAACUAACAGAUAAGAAGGAUGAAGAAUGUGAAGAGAACCCGAUGGAGUCCAGUAGAACCGGUUUGUCCAACCACAUGAUGAAUUCCUGAUGUUCAUCUUCUCAUCUUUUGUUCGUGUUUUGCCUUCUGCAGCUCAGAACAAAGUUUCUAUAGAUUGUCACAAACUCUGAGACUCGAUUCUCAGACGAGGGCUAAACUUUCUGCUGUUUCCUGUAAUCGCUGCGACCUUCCAGUGUUUCUGCCUUUGGUUUAUCUGUUCUGGAUGUUCUGGAUGUUCUUGCUGCUGACAUGGAAACAGUGACGUGUCCUUUGGUUGUUUAAUGUCUCGUGUGGUGACGUCUUGUACUUCUAUUAAAGGACAUAAACGUGUCUUCAUUGGCUGCUGAAGCACGUUUGUUGAUAAGAUAUUUAUACACCUGAUGAGUUGAAUGUGAACUCUGCUUAAACUGAACCAAGGAAUGUGUAACACUGCCAUGUUUUAUUGUCCUUAUUUUCACUGCUACACAUGAUGUUUUGGAAAAACAAAACAAAUAAUAAUAAAUGCCAUUCUGGAGGA